AUGACUGCAGACUCAACACCCACUUUUAUGACUUUUUAUCAUGUAACAGCAGUCAAAGACUGGACAUAUGCAAACUUAACAGGGUAUUAUCGUUCUAAAAUGCAAAAAAAUCAGAGGAAGCUAUUAGAUUCUAUAAAAAAGGAUCUACAGAAGGUGGCAAAUUUGGUGUCUGACUUUGAUGAGACACAUAGACACAGAGCUCAAGAAAUCCUUGACCAAUGGAAGUACUCACUUUUGUCAACCAAGAAUUGGACUACACAGAGAGAGAAUGUGACAAGUUCCAACCCAGCUUCCAGCGUGCAACUACAGGUAAAGAAAAUAGGGCAACUUAACAACUUAUCUGGAUAUUCUGCAACACAAAUUAUCAACAAUUGUCAUACAAUAUUGGGAAAAAGGCAUCGUGGUGUUGACAAUGAAGAAGAGGUGGCAUAUUCUGAAAUCCCUUUGACUCUAUCAGAAAAGGAAGAAUCUUCAAUCCGCAGAUCACCCCGAAAAAAGAAGCAUGUUUCCUAUGUUGAGGUGGAUGAAGAGGAGGAAUCUGGGAGAGUAAGCAGCACUUCUUCAAAAUCAGUAGAAUCUCAACCACCCAGGACUCCACCACAAGCUCCCCGGGAUUUGAGUUUGCUGAUGAAUACGCCAAACAAAAGGCCACGAGAAAACGAAGUUCAACAGUACUCUGAGGACAUGUACGUGAUAUGUGCAUUUAACAAGACAAUUUCGGAGUUAACUUUGGAAAUUGGCAUGGACCUUGCCAAUCAAUUAUCUUCUGUACGCGAUGUUAACCCUGAAGUAUGGACAUCCGAUUUAGAAAAUUACAUUGACAAUGUCCUAGGGAAAUCUGGAAAAGAUUUCAAAACCGCUGCCUUAGUUGAAGUUCCCAAUGAGAUUUUCCGGCUAUAUUGUGAGAAAGUUCUGCUUGAUUUCUACAAUCUUGUAGAUAUAAACCUUACAAUGGACAGGAAAAUAGGAGAGCACAAAUAUAUUACCUAUCAAAUUUCUUCGAUAUAUAAAUUUUAUGAAAGAACAUUUUUUAACCUCGAUUUCGAUUGGAUUGAGUCUCAUGCUCGUUCUGCAAGAAUAACUAAAUCAGUAACAAAUUCUGGCUUAGUGAAAGUAGAUUCCAUAGCGACUAGAUAUUCUGAUGGAUUAAGUAUAUGGCAUAUGGAAGUCGCUGGUGGACCUUGUAACGCAAAUGACACACACGUCUUGGGAGAUACUAAGAAAACAUUACGAUUAGAUGUGUUAAAUUUAAUUGCAAUAUUGCGAAACCACUUCGAUUGCAGUGUAGAUCUUGCUACAAAGAUUAGAGUAUUUUGCACUCAGGUCAUUGGCACUAGAAUGACUCUGUAUGCGUUAAACAUGCUGCCAGAUGGCCGAUUCCUUUCAUCUGAACUUGCAACCGCAGUGAUACCUUUCAGUUUUCAUGGCCGGAAUAAAUUCAAGUCAAUUUUCAGAUUGAUGGCCAUUUUACAUGAUGAAAUAAUGAAGCAAGAUGAUUUGAUCGGCGAGAUUGAACGUUCUGUACUUCGAUCUAAAGUAACGGUCCGUCAUGUAUUGCGGAUUCCUGAAGAAUUAUUUGAGUGA